AUGGUUGUUGUUGAAGCCAUUGUUAUCAAAAGGUGUGCAUUUAAGGAAAGGCAAAUGGAGUUCCAUCCAAAUUUGGUUGAGAUUGGGAAAGAAAUAGUAGCAAAAUGCAAGCAAGUUCCUCUGGCAGUGAUUAACUUGGGGACUCAAAUGUAUGGUAAGACUGAUGAAAAAGAGUGGGGAUCGGUGAGAGACAGUGAGAAGUGGGAAGAAGAAGGGAGAUGGGAACCCAAGUUCCUGGAUCUCUUGCUGGUGCAAUCUCGGAUGGCACAUGGACUCAUACAAUCAUCAAAUCCAAACGACGACUUGGAACAUGUUGGCUUGUGUCAUGUCCGCGAGUUGAUCUCAAAUGGAACUCUAUCAGCUUUGCCAGGGCAGAAGAACAAGACAGAGGUUUCUGCUGAUGGUUAUUCGGGGACUUCAAUUUGUUCCAUGUUGCUGCUCUCGUAG